CUUUACAGCACCAUCACAGUCGUUGACUUGCAACCGUCGUAGCUGGUUAGCUUUAGUUUUUUUUCCUUACCAAGUGUGCCGAAAAGAUAGCAGAUUUGUUGUAAAGGGAUCGUUAUGGGAACCGCGGUGAAAUACGUCGCAGCGUUAAACGUAGAUGCAACGCUGGUCAAGUGCUAUGUCUACGCAGUGUUUCGCGAUUCAUCCCGUCUGGAAGUCGUGGGAUCGGGCAGCGAUCACAUCACGUUUGUCUAUCCAGCAAUAGGGCGUAUAGAAAUCGAUCAUGCUAAACUAUGGACCAGUGUUAUUUAUACGAUCAAAACAGCUAUGGAAGAGGCCAAUCUGACGGCCAAGCAGAUUGCGUUCCUCGCCUUGACUGCACAUCGAGGGUCGUUCACCUGCUGGAAUCGAUCGAACGGAAUGGUGUAUCACAACUUUAUCACCGCACAAGAUCAACGUGCUGAUCAAAUGGUGAAAGAGUGCAACGAGGAGUUCAUGUUCAAAACGUUCAAGGCCAGUUCGGGUCUGUUGCAUUACGUUACACGAAACCAACGAUAUCUAAGCCAAAAGGAGUUCGAAGUCACGAAUUCUCACGUUACUAUGCGUUUGGCAUGGAUGCUAGAGAACUGCCCAGGAAUUCAGCACGAUCAGGAAGUAGGAAAUGUUCUGUUUGGAACUAUCGAUGCGUGGUUGUUGUAUCGUUUUAGGCAAGGUGAUGAUUCAAAGCGUGAAGUGGAACAUAUUAGCGAUGUGACUAGCUGUGCUGCUACUGGAUUCUACGAUCCUUUUACACACGAGUGGACGCAGUGGGCUCCCAUGCUGUAUCCCAUAAAGAAAGACAUGCUGCCGAAAGUUGUGAACAACUCGUACGAUUUUGGAUACAUUCACGCAUCCCUUUUCGGAAGUGCUAUCAAGAUAGGAACAUCGAUGUCCAACAUUUCCGCCGCGCUUUGGGGCACCGGUUCCUUCGACCGUACCGAUCUCUAUAUCAGAAUUGACAGUUCUGCCGUAGUAAACAUCAUUACGGGCCCCACUUGUAUGGGUUCAGAGCAUGGAUUAGUUCCGACGGUCGCCUACAUGUGGACUCACCGUAUCUCCGAUCACGAAGAACGAUCCUACGUGCUGGAGAAAAUUUGCAACGAUUGUACCACCGUCAUUGACUGGGGCAUAAAGAUCGGACUGUUCACCAACCCUGACGAUGCGUCCACCUUGGCAAGUUCUGUACCCGACACCAAUGGAGUCUUCUACAUACCUGCCUUCAGUGUAUUUGGUGUUCGUGACAUAACCGCAGGGUCCAGUUUCAUCGGUAUGAAAAAAUCCACCCGCAAAGAACAUCUGGUUCGCGCGCUGCUGGAAAGUCUCGUCUACCGAGUUGCCCUUUUGUAUGUCAGCGCCCACAAGGAAAUUCAGAAUCAAGAAAUCGACGAUUUCCGCAAAAUAAAGGUAGAUGGAUCCGUCGCCCGGAACGACUUCAUCUGUCAGACAUUGGCCGACAUCACAGGGCUACCGGUGGAGAGAUCCGAUGUUGUGGAUGCUUCAGCAUUCGGUGCCGUCUUGCUGGCGGGUAUUAACGAGGGCUUGCUGCGGAGCAAACAAGACGCCAUGAGCCUGCGAAAGGUGGACAAGGUAUUCACACCUCAUCCAAACUACAAGCUGAAGCUUCUUAGGAACAUGAGGUGCUGGGAAAAUAUCGUAGAAAAAUUUAAAGAGCAUCAGUAAGGUUUAAGUUGAUGGAAGAUAUCAGGUUGAAUAAAUCACUUCUCUAAGCUGUAACUUCAUAUUUUAUUUAUUUUUGUUCGAAAAUCAUUUUU